UGUGGCCCACAGUUGGCUCAGAAAUUCAAAUACAGAGUCUAUAAACAUAGAUUCUAUAAAUAUAUAGAAAUAUUUUUUGAAUUCCCAAUCAAAAACUGGCAACUUGAAGAUAGCAGGUCAUUUGCUAUUCAGGAUACCAAAAAAAGCUCCUAUGGAAAAUUCAGCUUUGUUUAUGGACAGUAAGAAUAUAGCCUGUGCUUCUUUCUCCUCUGGAGAAGCACGUAUGACAGAUAAGCCUGGUACGUCCUUCAGUAGAGAAGCAGUUAGCCCUGAAGACACCAAAUUAGCCGGUGAUGUCUCUGGAGCAACAGCCGGGAUUGACCUGAAGCCAAAGUUCAUACAGCGAGCCAAAACAUGGUCAGAUGAAGUGGAAAAUCUAUACAGAUUUCAGCAAGCUGGCUAUAGAGAUGAAAUUGAAUAUAAGCAAGUAAAGCAUGUUGCUGCGGUGGAAAGGUGGCCAGAAACCGGAUUUGUGAAGAAGCUUCAGAGGAAGGACAACACUUUCUACUAUUACGAUAAGGAAAGAGAAUGUGAGGACAAAGAAGUCCAUAACGUUAAAAUGUAUGGCUACUGAUCUAUGUCUCAUCCACUGUUUUUAGAAAUGAUUUUAUUUUAUUUUUUGCCUGGCAUAGUAUGGAACCCAUUAAAAGGUUUUUAAGACGUAACUUGAUCUGAUUUUAUAUACGGCUCCACUCUGUGAAAAAAAACAAAACAAAAUUAAAGAUAUUUUUUAACGAGUAA